GCUAGCAGGCCUGGGUUUAGGGUAUAUGAACGUUUUGCAAGCCAUCCGAAUUGAAAACGAUGCUGAGCUUGCGCAAGAGACUACGGAAACUUAUCCGAAAAGAGCAAGCUCCCGAUCGCGAAAAAUGUCUUCCGCAUCAGCAUUCCUUGCAGGCUCCGGCGCCAGUCGCCGUACGCACGAGACGCUACGGGCUCUUCCUCCUCAAUGAGAACGAGCCGUCUGACGACUCGAGAGAUUCUAUAGGAGUGGACGUCGUGGCCAUACAUGGUCUGAAUGGGGACGCUUAUACAACGUGGCAGCAUGAGAAUGGAACUUUGUGGCUUCGCGAUCUGCUUCCGGAUGCCCUUCCAGGGUCUCGUGUAUUCACCUACGGAUAUCCAUCCGAACUCUUCUGCAGCAAUUCACUGGCCACAUUACGAGAUUACUCACUGAACCUGCUGAUCUCUCUCACAUCCGUUUCGAAAGGAAAGCAGCGUCCGAUAAUUUUUAUCUGCCAUAGCCUUGGGGGCAUAGUAUGUAAGCAGGCUCUUGUUCUGGCGCAUGAAGAUGACCGCCUACAUGGUGAUAUACUGUCUGCCACUUCAGCCGUUAUUUUCUUCGGAACACCGCAUCGCGGUUCGAAAAAAGCCGAUAUCGCGAAAAUAGUGGGAAGUGUCGUCAACGUGUGUUUACGCGCAUCACAGACUGCAGGCAUAGCUCGAUCGAUACGCGAUGACCUUCUCACAACCCUAGGGUCCAAUUCCCAGGCACUAAGCGAUCUCGCCAUCUCUUCCCGAAAUCGUCUGAGAAACUUGGAGAUUGUUUCCUUCUACGAAACGGAAACCAUGCCCGGGCUGGCCGAACUGGUUGUUGAUCAACACUCCGCUAUAAUGGAGAUACCAGGCGAAUACAUCAUUCCCCUUUUCGCGAAUCAUCGAACCAUGUGCCGUUUCGAAGGGGCAACGGAUGAUGGGUACACGUACGCAUUGGCGGCCCUCAAACGAUUGGCCAGGACAGCCCUCUUGAACAGAGAGAUGGUGACAAACACGAAACGGACGUCGUCCAACCAAUCUUUAAGCGAAGCUGAAAAAUCCUGCAUGGUUCUCCUAAACUCUAUGUAUCUGGCAGAAUACAAAGCGCAACUACCACGGCCAGUACAAGGGACCUGCAGCUGGAUUUUGAGUCACCCUGCAUAUCUGAGUUGGUUAACCGCUGAAGAGAAUAGGUUACUCUGGGUCACGGGCGAACCUGGCUGCGGCAAGACCAUGCUCUCUGCUUAUGUGACAGACCACCUGAGUCUCGGUAACGCUGGGCCUGUCAAGCCUCAAAUAUUUUUCUUCUUCUGCGACGACACAGUCAAAUCUCAGAGAGAUGCAAUCGCUAUACUUCGAGGCAUCCUAUAUCAGAUCUUACAGCAACAUAGGAAACUCAUCAAACAUGUGAAGAGUCGGUUGGAAUUGGAUGGGCCCAGCCUUGUAAACUCCUUCCCAGCGCUCUGGGAACUUUUCCUGAAAAUAGUUGUCGAUUCUACGCCAGGCACAAUCGGAAUUAUAGUGGACGCGAUUGAUGAAUGUGAAAUAAGGACGCGCAAUAAUUUCCUGAACGCGAUAAUGCAGUUGGUAAACGAGCCCCAAGACGUACAUCGACAAUCCCGGAACUGCAUCAAAUUUCUGAUAACCAGCCGUCCAUCGCUGGGCAAUUCGUACAACCUCACGGGAUUGAUGAAGAACAGACUGGAAAUCGAGCAAAACCAUUGUAACGUCAGCAAAGAUGUGAAGCUGGUCAUUCGAAGCAAGGUCGGCGAGAUUGCCAACAAGUUUCACUGUUACGAAGACACGAAGAACUAUUUAGAACAAGUGCUGUACUCGAAGUCCGACCAGAGUUUUCUCUGGUUGAACAUGGUAAUUCAUAGCCUGGAAGCAAGCCCAAAAGCGUCGAAGAGAGAAUUUGAACGGAUCAUCAACACAUUUCUACAAGGAAUCUCAUCCAAGGAUCGAGAAGACGCGGGAAAAUUCUUACGUCUGCUUGUUGGAAGCUCGAGACACCUGACACUAGUGGAAAUGAACAAUGCCUUCACAGUUAACGAAGACCACAGGUCUGUAGCCGACGUGGUAGACGAUCUGCAGCUGUCCAUCCGCUCAACUCUACAGAACAUUGUGGGAUCUUUCGUUCGCAUCAGAGAAGUAAAUCAGAGCGCAAACGAAGACUCGAGAGUUUCGUUCAUUCAUCAGUCUGCUAAAGAGUAUCUAACAGAUAUCGCACUACAUUCAGAAGACAUGAUAGUGCAGAGCCUCGGGGUUCCUUUAGUGGAUGCAGCGCUGAGCAUAUCCCAAUCAUGUAUACAAUACCUUCUCAUGGAAGAAUUUCAAUCGGAUAUUUUUGCAUCGGAACGAGACAGCCUCGAGAUCAGUUCGCGCAAUUCGCUCAAUUCGCUCCCAUUGACAGACUUCGACACAGUGGGCUCGGGCGGCGGCCCGCUCAGUCCAGACGAAUAUCUCGGCCUGGACAACUUCUUCAAAGAUUCACAGAAUGUGGAUGAGGGACGAUGCAAUCUAAGCGCCCAAAAGUACAGAUUCUUUGAUUAUGCUGCGACUCAUUGGGCGGAGCACUACUCCCUGUGCGAAAACAGCGCCCCAACGUCUGUUCGGAUGGCCGUUCAUCGACUGACCACGAGUCCCAGCUGCGUUCUGACGAAUUGGCUGAAAUACUAUUGGAUUAAAAGCAACAUGGAAUACUCGUUUCCAGAUGCUUUCGGGACGAUUGAAGUAGCCGCAUUCUUCAACCUUCCCAUCCUGCUUGCCGACGCGGUGGGGAGGUUGAAGCUUAAUACGGAAGCAACGAAGACCCGCGCACUAUUCUGGGCAGCAAGAAUGUCCUCUCUGGACUGUAUCAGGGUGUUGCUUCAGCAUGGUGCAAACUCUAACGGCAUGGGUAUUGACUGGCAAACACCCCUGACCAUAGCUGCGCAGCACGGGCAUCUGGAUGCUGUCCAGAUGCUGCUUGAUGAUCCGCGUACAGACAUUACUGUAACAGGUAAAUCAGGAAGAUCAGCACUGUCGUUUGCAGCGGGGAAUGGGCAUCUAGAGAUUGUUGAAGCCCUUCUGGGACGUGGAGCAUUCAGGCCAGAGGACCGGGAUAACGCACAUUGGACGCCUCUCUUCUGGGCCGUGCAAGGAGACUGUGCAAGCAUCGUGAGAAUUUUGCUGAAGCAGCCGUUCGUCGACAUUAACCAAGUUGACAAAUCUGGACGCUCAAUCCUAUCCAGGGCUGCAGGGGAAGGCAAGCGACGAGCUCUGAAGCUCCUACUUCGGUCCCCCUCUGUUGACCUCAAUCUUAAAGAUGCUAGAGGGCGCUCUCCAUUGUUGUGGGCUGCGGCAAACGGACAAGAUGAAGUGGUUAGUAUUCUAAUGCACAAAGCGGGCAUCGACAAAGCCACCAAAGACGACGACCUGCGGAAUGCAAUCUCCUGGGCAUGUCAAGGAGGGCAUGCCAACACCCUGCGUACUUUGCUUAGAAAUGAGUGUGGCGGCGAGGACGAUGUGGAUGCUGACACUUGGACACCACUGCUCUGGGCACUCUUUGUCCGGUCUCCAGCGACGGUGGAAGCUUUGCUCUCAACCGGCCGUGUCCAAAUCGACCGUCAAGACGCUUACGGUCGUACGGCAUUAAUAUGGGCCGCGAGCUAUGGGUAUCUUGAGGUAGUGCAGCUGCUAGUCUCUUGGAAAGCAAGUUUGCGCAUCAAGAACGGAGGAGGACAUACGGCUGCGGAUGUCGCUAGGUUGGAUGGGCAAACUGAGGUGUGGGAGUUUCUGGAGUCUCAGCGGCACAAGGAGGCAGAGAGGAGUGUACCUGCGGGCUACGCCCCCUCGUUUCUCUUUGGAGCCGGACUCUGA